AUGUCCAUGUCGCCGUGCCGUGUGUUCUGUCUGUUGGCCAUUGUGCUCUGCUGUGUGGGUGUGACUCAUGCUGCUGAUCCGCAAAGCACCUCAAGAUUUGUUGUGAUGGCAGAACAAAAUUCGAAAAUGAAAGAGGAAUGCGAGAACGUCACCAAGGUUGCUGAAGAGGCCGCCCGGAAUGCUUACUUCUUUGUUUAUACCACUAAGAAUACACUCGAACAAAUUGUUGCAAACCCAGCGGAGGUGGAGACAACGAAGCAAAAAGGUAUUGAACUCAUCAAGACAGCAAAUGAGGCCGCAGAGAGUGCAAGAAAAGUGGCCCAAAAAACCGAUCAACAGUCAGAACGGGAUUUUCUUGAAGCCGAGGGGGCACGUGAACGAGAAGAAAUGUUAGGCAAGACAGUACCGAAAGAGAUUGAGGCGGCAGUCGAUGCGACACAUGAAGCACAAAAAGCAUUCGCUGCUGCUUACGCUGCUGCUACAGAGGCGGAAACUAAUGCCAAACUUCUGGAGGAAUUCAUGAAGCAACUUGAGGACGCAGUUGCUGAUGCUGAGGAGAAGAAGAAGGAAGAACAAAUGAAACAGGAGAAGGAGAAACAGUUAAAGCUGGAGAUGGAAGAACGGAUAAAGCUGGAGAACGCAGAAAAGGAGAAACAGAAAAAUAAGGAGAACCAGGUGGGGUCUCAGGCACAGCCACAAUCUCAGAAUACGACAGUUGAACAGACCACACAAACACAAUCACAGAAUACAGCAGGUGUACAGCAAUCACCGCAACAACUGGAGUUGGGCAGAGUCCAUACAGAAGAAACGAACACGUCUGAGCAACACCACGUACGGCAACUGUAUACUGCAGAUGUACAGAAGGAGAUGGAUAAACCAACACGAAGAAGAAGGGAGGCAGAACAGACGAGUGAAGAUUUUUACACACCACAGACACCAACACAACAAGGAAAACCAUCAGAGAACCAGACUCACAGUGGCAGUGUAUUGCAAGAAACUCAGUCUCUUCCUUCCCCCGAUUUUCGCUCUCCUCGUGGCUCUGACGUUGGUGAAAUGAAUGUCAAUGAUCUUCUUCGGAAUGCUGCAUUGACGAAUGGUAUGGCACUAAAUGACAGCAGCAGCACCCCUGCGUUACUGCGUGUUCCACUCCUGCUGCUGCUGCUGCUGCUCUCUGUGCUGGGCUGCAUGACCGUGUGCUGA